CGCAAUAAAAACCCAAACAUCUGUUCUACAAAUGCCGGAGCUGCUCGCCGGAAUGCCCAUCUUCAGAUUACUCUCCCAGUCUUGAUGUGUAUAAACUAGAAACAGCAGGCCGCCGGUGACCGAUGAACGCAGAAAUGAGGUGUCUGAGACAUUUCUCCGACUUGAGCAGCGCCGUCGGCGGCGUCUGCGCCUCCUGCCUCCGUGAUAAGCUCCUCGUUAUCAGCGAGGCACAGGAGGCAGAGCGCCGUAGAACUCGGCCGAUUGUUUUCCCGCGGUCCGUUUCGCCGUUUAGGAAGGAAUCUGUGACGGCCGUCCGCCGCGGCUUGGCGGACCGGUUUGUCUACGGCUCUCCACAGUUGGGCCCGAAUGGGGAGCUGAUUUCAUGGAACGAGUACGCGGAGGAGAAGCAGGAGAAGAAGAAGAGAAGCUAUGGAUUCUCGUUGUUUUACAAUUUAUUUAGGUCUAAUAAAUCCGGAAAUCGGGGAACGAAUUCGGAUCCCGUGGCGUCGAAUUCGGACGAUCCGAGCGAUUCACCGAUCGGAGCCGGACCGAGAACGGGGCGGAUUAGCGACAGGGGAAUAUCGCCGGCGACGUAUCCCAACGAGGAGGAGGGAGAGCAUUUCCACGACGCGUCGAGCGGGUGCUCGACGCCGUCCUCGCCGGUGCAGAACCGGACCACAACGACUCCGGCGGCGAUGCCGCACCACAGAGGCGGCCGAAGAACUCGUUUCAGCCGGAGUCCGUCGGGGAUGACGUCUUGUCUGAACCCGUUGGUGUGGGCCAGCCCCAAUCGGGGCUGGAGCCGGAGGGAACCGGAUGUGGUGUAUCCCGGCGAGACUACAGCGGCUCCGGGGAACUCUCAGAGUACGACGUCGUUUUGCAAGAACCGGUCAAAAAAACUCGCGGAUUUCGGGCGGUUCCGUCCCAACCGUUGAAUGCUACCAAAUUACCACUUUGGGCUUAAUGUCCAAAUUUUCCAAUUCAAUUUUGGUUAGUAGUGCCGGAAUAUCAUGCUGAUAUUUUGUGCAGUCCAAAUUUAUGAAAAGUGUCUAGGUUCAAAUCAUACGCGGUGUAAUAUAUGUUUGUACACUCAUACACAUCUAUACACAAAAACCAAUUACACUUUAUGACUAGCAUAUACACUAGGAAAGUGUUGUGAAUGCAAGUUAGCAUUUUGUAUACUUG